AUGUCUCAGAACAUCCUUGACGACGCGUCCGACCUCUUCCAAUAUGGUGGUGAUACCUGGGGAGUAGAUCAUACUGACGAUCCCUUCACACCCCAAUAUCAAGAAGGUACAUUCCACACUACAACUGUGCAUAUGGCUUGGAGUAGGGUCUGUUGGGAGGGUACGGGCAUCAAGAUCCACGGUGCGAAGAGGGAUAACCAUGGUCUUUACGCCGUCUCAAUCGACAAUGCCGAACCUGAAGUACUCGACGGAUACUCUAAGAAAGAACAGAUCAAAGCUGAACUGUAUGUCGCGGAUGGGUUGGAAUGGGGUCAACAUCAACUCACUAUCUGGAAUGUCAACAAAUUCAAUUUCAUCAAGAAUCAUAUAUGGUUAGAUGUCGAUUUCGCUACUAUCGAUGGUAACGCUAUCUCGUGCGACGGUCUUCCUGAAAUCACCGCCGUUCCACAAGAUCCCGGAAACUCCACAUCCUCGGUAUCUGUCACAUCCGCCGGCUCUAAUACCACUUCCAACAGUACUAUCUCAGCUUUCACCGUCGAUCCAACUACCACAAACACUGUGGGUCUUACCACCAUCCUCAGCUCUAGUGUGUCUCCAACUACCACCGUACAACUGAGUCUCACUACAUCUAGUUCAGCGUCCAACAGCCUCGCUUCCAUUUCUGACAGCACUGCUCCUUCCGCCAGCAGUACUGGUGCUUCAAAUGGUGCUCAGCGAUGGGAUGCACCAGGCAUUGAAGGUCAGAUUGCCAUUGCUGGUAUGAUUGGUUACUACAUGUUCAGAAUAUUCAUGUGA